AGGAGCCACCAUGAGACACGGCCUAAAAAAAGAAUGUGAGCAGCUGAUAUUCUGCCCCGUGAAAUCUUCUGACCACCAAAGGCCCCGGUCGGUACUUCAGACGGACAGAAGGAUUUGCAUCAAGCGUUCAUCACCCCUGCUUUGGAAAGGACCCAAGAAACGGCUGGACAAACUUCCGAAGCGCAGGAAGAUCACGGGCAUCAACUUUGCACGGAGAACAAUUUCUGUCAGCCCAACAAAAAGAUGAAUAAUUGCAGAAUCAGCAGGCGCACAGGAACAACGAAGACAUCAAAUCACCUUGCAAGUAGCACCCGUAUUUGGUUAUAGUGAUAGGGGCAAUUUUUGAAGAAUAGCCUGUGUCCAAGAAUUACAAAUUGUGGUCAGAAUAAUAUGCGAACAGAUCAUGAAGAACUCUGUGGCAGCACCUAUGGGUCUUUCUGUCUGAAUGGUGGGAUCUGUUAUACCAUACCUUCCACUUCCAACCCGUUUUGCAGGUGUGUUGACAACUACACAGGAGCUCGUUGCGAAGCAAUCUUGCUCCCCAGCAUCAAGAGCCACUCAAGAGGGGAACUGUUCGUCGCCGUGUUGGCUUCAGUCGUCGUUCUGAGCGUCCUGGUAGCCGGAGCGUUUUUUUUCCUCUGCAGGAAAGGCCAGAUCCCACGGGCCAACGCCCUGGAGCGUGGCGAACACCUGAUUGAGGGAAACGGCAGCAAUGCUUGCAACAAAAUAACCGAAUAAAGAAAUCCAAAGAAGGAAUUAUGGACCAGCUGCAAAAGAAGUGGAAGAGCUGAAACCACGUUGGAGAAUAUGGAAUCUGUGUCAGCGUUCCUGGAUACUUUGAAUGAAGAACAU